AUGCGGUUCAAGUCGCGUUUCGUCAUUACUCUCGCGGUGAUUAUGGCCGUGAAGGGAGAGCCAUCUCCGUUACCUUUGAGUGUCGAUUGGGGUGCAACGGCAGCCCCCGUUCCCACUAGCAACGGAAAAUCCAGCCUCCCUAGUGGGAAAGAAACGAUAUCCCCGAUUGAUGCCUCUAAAUAUGCAGUCAAGUCGCUCCCAGAUGCCCAGCCAAUUCCUCGGAGCUGGGCUGGUCGCAUGAGUGUGCCUGGAGCAGCACCAGGGAAUGAGAUGUUCUUUUGGCUUUUUGAACCUGAAGAUAAGGCCUACAAUGAUAAUUUACUCAUCUGGCUGAAUGGAGGUCCUGGUUGUUCAUCAAUGAUUGGAGCCUUUGCAGAGAAUGGUCCCCUCAUGUUUCUGAAGGAUAUGAGCAAACUGGAGCGAAAUCCUUAUUCCUGGACCAAAUUAGGCCAUUUUUUGUACAUUGACCAGCCCGUUGGGACGGGUUUGUCUCUCUCAAGUGAUCCCACCCCAGCCACAAAUAACGAAAGCGUUACCGAGCUCUUUUACAGCUGGAUAAAACAAUUUUACGAAGUGUUUCCGCAUUUGCUCAGGAAACGAACCCACUUAAUGGGAGAAUCCUACGCUGGCAUAUAUAUCCCAUAUUUUGCCGACCGAAUUCUCAAGCAUAAAGACCAGUUGUCGAUCAACCUAUCAUCAGUAGUUAUUGGGAAUGGGGCAAUUGGGAACAAUAUAGCAAUGUCGGACGUUGCCGCUGGAGCGUACCUGAAAGAGAAAGCCAGGGAUCUCGAGCUUCCGGGGGACAUUUCGGGCGCGUUCUCUCAGGCUGAUCACAUUUGCGGUUUUGACUCGGUCCUGAAGAAGGCAGCGCAGUAUCCUUCCCAGGGCCACUUUUACCUCCCAAGCUGCCUAACCAAUCCGUCUGGCUUUACAACAGACGAAAACUGCAACAUGAAGCCCAAGGACUCUAGAGCAGUCCUCUCAUCUAUCUUGAAUUCCACAUGUUAUGGGCAAUGUGCCACUUAUUCCACAGCACAAAAGUAUAUCGAAACCGCCAGGGAAACAAAAUGCUUCAGCAGGUAUAACAUCAAAUAUAAUUGCAACACUCCAAACCCUUUAGUGCCAUUAACCGAAUAUCUCAACCGUGCUGAUGUCCAAGCCGCGCUCAAUGUCCUUCCGUCCAAGUCAGGAACUCCCCACCGCUUUGAAACUUGCAACCAAACCAUCAUUGAUUCCCUUUUAUCCCCGUCUAUCCAACCCACGCCGCCCACCGAAUCCAUCCUCCCUUCCAUCCUCGCUACCUACAAGAUCCCUAUUCAUAUCUACCAGGGCCAACUCGACAUGGUUAUCAACCACAUCGCUGUCGAACUCGUCUUGCAAAACAUGACCUGGAACGGAAAGCAAGGAUUACAAUCCCGGCCAAGUAUCCCAUUUGGCACGUAUUUUGAUAUUAACAAGGGAGAAUCCAAAGUAACAUUGAACGGUUCAGAAGCAGGGGUGUGGGCGUAUGAGAGAGGUUUGAGCUAUCAUCUCUUCAGAGAGGCGGGACACGGCGUGCCGAGAGACCAGCCAGAAGAGAUGUGGCAUUAUGUUAAGAAUGUGGUUGUUGGAAGAUGGAGUGGGCGCUUUCGAGAGUGA